AUGGCCUGGAACACACAAAAGAAGACACCCUCUGAGAUGGAGAAGGGAUCUGACAUUGAUAGCGUUUCGUCGUUUGGCUCGCCAAAGAAAAAUAUUGUCGCCCUUCCCCCUCCAGCCAAGCUGCCCUCGAGCCCAACAAAGUACAGCUCGACCCAGAGUGGCACAGACUCGCAAUUCACAAGCAGCUUUACUACAAGCCAUGUCACUGAGCCAUCGAAGCGAAGGGCAUGGAUGCGAAGACACGCAUUCCUCAUCCUGCUCGCCGUCGUCCUCAUCUUGAUUGCAAUCACUGUCUCUGUCAUUUUGGUGAUCAAGGCGCGCUAUGCUCAUUUCGUGCAUGAUACGCCUGCACCUGGGACAGCAGGCAUCCCUGGAUUGUUCUCUAGCGAGUCUCCCUCUUCGACUGCGAGCUAG